AUGGCCCUAGUAACUACAGCUGAAGUCUGUGACGCGAACCCACAGCUCAUCGUGAGCGGCGAGCUUCGAGCCCUUCAACCGUGUUUCCAAAUUUACGGCAGGCGGCAAGUAUUCUCCGGGCCCGUCGUGACUCUCAAAGUCUUCGAGGACAAUGUUUUGGUGCGCGAGUUUCUCGAGGAGAGGGGCAACGGGCGAGUCCUUGUUGUCGAUGGUGGUGGUAGCAUGAGGUGUGCCAUACUUGGCGGGAACCCGGUCGUGCAGGCCCAGAAUAACGGGUGGGCCGGCAUAAUAGUCAACGGCUGCAUAAGGGACGUUGAUGAGAUCAAUGGCUGUGAUAUUGGGGUUCGUGCACUGGCCUCUCACCCUGUGAAAGCUAGCAAGAAGGGUAUUGGGGAGAAGCAUGUUCCGGUGAGUAUUGCCGGGACACGGAUAUCUGACGGGGAGUGGCUCUAUGCGGAUACAGAUGACUCCGCCGGCAAAACCAUCAGACCACCGCACGCGAUGCGCACUCGCUUCCUCGCCACCGAUUACUCAGCCACCGCACUUGAAGGCGGUCCAGUCGAACUACCUGACUUCGUUCAGAUACCUCUCCUUGAGCUCUCUCCAACAACCUAUCCCGACGCUUCUGCUAACUUCUCGCCGUCCUUUGACGAAAUUCCAGUUUUCGACGUCGCUUGCGAAAUCGAGCAGCUACAGAUUGAGGAUGCUCUCUCGAUAUUCUUGUCCGAUGUUCUUCCUCACUUUGUGGACGGCGCGGGUUUUGAGGAGACGAGGAUUGACGGCAGCGAAGAAAAUUUCACGGAGGGGAAAGAUGGAACGCCAUGUGAUGAUAAGGGUGAUUUUGGACUUAAAUUCCCACGAUUUGAAAUUCCAGAGAUUGAUGUUACAUCUCUUCCGUUGUUUGAGUUGCAGGAUUUGCUAGAUUCUGAGCUUACGCUACAAAAUCCAUCUGAAAUUCAACAGUCAGUUUAUUCAGUUGAUGAUGAGAGCGUAGAGUACUCAAUGGAACAAAAGUCUGAUAUGUUGGAAGAUGCUGAUUGUGGUCUGGGAAAACUUCAUUCUCAUAACAUCCAGUUUCCUCUAUUUGAACUUGAUGUGGAGAGUCUGGAUAUUCUUGGAAGAAUAUAUAAGAUGGAUGAACAUCUGAGCUUUGAGAAUAUCAAAAAGAAAGAGUUGGAACAUCCAGAUGUAUUAAUUAGCAACAACGAGCUCUUGGGUUCUAUGGAGUUUGACUUGAUAAAGUACUUAUUACAAAAUUGUGCUGCGAUACAUUGCCUUGAGGAUUCCGAUUUUCCAUCACAAUUGGGCUGUAUAACCAUUAUUGAGCUGUCAUGUCAGGAGUACCCAAAACUUCAUCAUGGAAAACAGGAGAAUGAUGUGAUUCAGUCCAUGGACCCAAUACUAUUUGAUGAAUUUUUGUUCCUCGAUGCGGAUACAUAUUUUUACUGCAAGGUACUUUCAGAUUCUGCAAAGGAGAUUGAAGCUGAAAAAUGUGAAUCCCUGUUUGGAAAAGCCAUGAACUUUAAAAGUUUCAGUGAAUUAGUUGUUUCUCACGAGCUUACUCUAAUGGAUGACUCCUUCAAGUCGCUACCUGUACCUAUCUUCUCAGAUGACGGAAAUACUUGUUCAUCACAUGCAUUUGUUGAGAAGUUAUUUGCUCAGUUAGAUUGGCAGACUUGGUCAGCAUCUGAUGAUCUAUAUCUAGAUUGGCGUUUACUUGGGGAAGAUGAUUCUGAAUCAGGGAAAUAUUCCACUUGUCGGAAAAUGUUCUGGGAGAUAGAUACAUACAACAUUGAUGCCUCUAUGUUCACAAGUGAUGGUGGAAAACAGAUCUUUGAUUUUAUUCUCUCUGCUUGUCACUCAGAUAAAACAAGUGUGGAGAACAACAAGAAUACCCUGAACCAAUCUGGCAGUGAUGUCUCUAUGGUCCAUUCUUCUGGUGAAGCGGGUUUAACUAGCUUGAGGAAUCAUGGGGAAAAAAAGAUAAAUGAAGAUAUUCUCUUAAGAUCCGGUGUUGAGGAAAUUGCAAGGUUUGGUGAGUCCAUGUCUAGUGAUCUUGAUUUUUUUCUGAAUCCACUUAACUAUGUUAAAGGAAGAGAAAGUAUACCUGCUAACAAGUCCUUUGAUACUAAUACGGAGUGUCAAGUGGUGUCAGUCAAUGAUUCUGCGGCUGCCACUAUAACCACUGAAGUUCAGCAGAAUGGGAAUGUUAAGAUACACCAGAAAAGUCCUUUUGAUUCUGCAUUGCAACAACAGGAUUGUGAAACUAAGUUGGAAGAGCUAUUAAAUCCUGUACCUGGUGAAGGGAUCUAUGGUAAUGAAGUUGUGCAUGAAGAACACUGCCAUAGGAUGCCAGUUCAAUCAAUACCAGUGGGUUUGGAAUCCAAGCAAAACUUGUCUUGCAAGCCUCUGUGCCCCAAAACCAUAAUAAUUGUAAAUACCCGAAACUUCAACGAAGAAAUGAUAAUCUCCAGGAGAAGUACUUACCAAAGGAUUCUUGAAAUGGAGCAAGAAGGAGCACAAGUUGUGGAACGGGACGUAGUCUUGCCUGUUGACAUAAUAGUAAGUUCAGCAGUUUGUCUCUCUUGGUAUGACUGCAGAAAUAUUGGAAGGAAAGCUUCAGCUCCAGAUGAGGCAUUUUCAUGCUUGCCUUUAUGUGUUGAAAGCAUUGCAGCGAGUAUCUUGACUUCCUUGAGCUUUGCUUUCGGUUGCUGCAUCCUGAUAUUUGAAGGAGAUUUAAAUUUCUUAUGUAGCAUUAUGGAAUCAUCAGACGAACUCUAUGCUGCAGGGGCUAGCUUGGGAGUUGACAUACAGAUUUUUUACUCAUAUUCGUAUGAGAUGACUGAAGAGAUCAUAAUCUCUUGCAUCAAUGUUGCAGCAGGGUUGAGUGGGGACCUCUACCCCAGAAUGUCGGAAUCGGAGGGCCUAGCAGAAUCAUUUCUCACUGCAUUUCCUUCUAUUAAUCCUCUUUCAGCUCAUGCAAUAUUGUCAUCAGAUACCAUACUAGGGAAGUUCUUGGAACUGUCGAAUGAGGGCAGAGUCUUGGCUCUUAAAAAAUACAAGGUUCAUGAUGAAAGUGUUGCUCUACUAAGUGCAAUAUGCAGAUAUGGAGAGCAAGAGGAUUCUAAAUCUGGUUUGACAAAUAGCUCUUCUGUAUCAGUUCCAGAUUUCGAAAAUGCCGAACCCAAAAUUGCAUCCGAGAGGAAGAAACCAAGAUACACACACAACCUUUAUGAUCCUGGUGAGCCUCCAGAAUGUUUGUUUCAUACAGAAUCACUGAAGUUAAAUCCAGGUGACCAACUUAAUCUGUCCAAAUUGUCUGCACCGUGCAAUGCUUGGCUCUCAGGAAGUAAUGAAAUAUACAAUAAAUUGGCACCAAUCGAUAUGUGUUUUGAUGACAAGUUACCCGGUCAUUGUCUGGAUAAUGAUGCUGAUAUGAUGAAGUCAAGCCUUCCAGAUUUCCCGUUGACUAAAGGUAUUAAUAUAUCAGAUGAGAGAGAGAAGCCGUGGAUGCCUCAGUUUGACUUAGAUUGUCCUCCAAGAUGGAGCUCAGCUACAGCAGCAAAGAACAACUUUGGCACACAAAGUAACAGGGUGACUGCAACUUUGCAGGAGAAUUUUACCGGUGAAGUUGUUGAUUUAGAGGAUACUCCAGAAUUUAAAGAACACUUCACAGCUGGAAAUUCUGCUAGCUUUCCAUUUGCUCAUUAUGUUGAGAAAGGUUAUGCUCAAAGGAGUUCCAGAAUUAAUAAACGACCUCUGAGUACGCCAGACCUUCCCCAGUUUACAAAUUCGAUCGACGAUGAUUCUGCACCUGUUGCCUGGGUUUCUAGGGAUGAUACACAAGCUUUGAGAAAAGGAAUUAAACCAUAUUUUGAUACUAUUAACCGAAACAGUUAUACUAUGGUGAACCGAAAUGAGCUGGUGCAAGAGAAUAAUAUGGGAAAAAUUCCAACAAAUUCCUACAAAAUGUCAAUCCAAGAAAAAUGUGUUCAAAGUGCUGGUGGCACUCCACUAAAAAAUGCUCUUCGCUCUACUCCUCCUCGAGGAUCUCCCUGGACAGUCGAGUUCUUAAAUAGAAUACGGGAAAAGAGUAGAUUGAGAAAGCAGUCUGCUUCUUAUGACAUAUCAUCCCCCCCUGCUUUUGGUUCUUCUGUGGACAUCUCAAAUAUUACCAAAAGGAAGAGUCCUUCGAUUCUUGAACUCUACAAGUAUGAUGGAGGCAACACCCCACUGAAAAAAGUUGAAAAAAAUAGACUAAAGAGAUCUUCACAACCAUUAAGUUCACUGAAGAACAAAAGUGCUUCUGCUACCUCAUCCCCAACAUGGACUCCAGUUGAUAAGAGAGCAAGACGGAUGCUGUCAUUUUCGAUGAAUGGAAUUAGAGGGCAAAGUAAACUGGUCUGGAAGGAUAACAAUAACCAGACCGCACAGAGAAGAUUGUAG